AAGUCCAGUAUUUACUGUCGCGACUUCUAUAUAUGCUAGAUCGCCUCGGUUGCGGUUAUAGCCCGUUCCCGCGCAGGUAGUACUAUACUAAGCGGCUUUACGAUUGGUAUAUUGAUUCUUCGGCAGGUUGUAGCGACGAUACCAGCGUUUUGGGCAACAACUGACAAGGGAUCCGACUACGAGAUGCUGGAUUGCUGGCAACCAAGCUUCCAUAUUGCCGAUUUUUGGCGAACGUUCAAACGCCACAAUGAGAUGUGCUGUCAGCACCGUGCUCGCGCACUGCUAAACAGUAUUAGACACUUUUCUAUUAUAGCCUCGUCGUGUGUCGGUCGUGCCCAAGAUACAGUCGUCCGGUUGCCGUCCAUCUCUAUACGUGACCAGAUGUCGGAUUUGGAAGCAACUUCUUCAGCCAUCAGCUUUUCCUAUAAGACCCACAUGGAUCCAACGCCAUUUCAAUGCCGACACGGGAGAUACAACUCGUUAUCGGCGUCCUUAGCAGCGGCGGGCCAUCACGAGGGUUGAGAUUGAGAUCACGGGCCAUGGAAGAUAGGCGGUAAUGUAUUCCGUCGUUGGUAUCCCAUUGCUCGAACUCGAAGCCGCCCCGUAUAUGCCCAAAGCCGGAUGCUUCUUGCUGGCUCGCAGCUUUAGUGUCGUCG